AUGCAAUGGCUGGUCAGCGAUGUUGAUAGAAAAAGACUAAAGAUAUUGGAGGAUUACGCUGAUGACAACGGGAAGCAAGUUCUUCGAAAAAUGCGAAGCAAGAAGUUCCUCUGUAUGGAAGAUAUUACCGUUAUUAAGGAUGUGUUGCCGUCGGAUGCACCAGUCUUCGUGUUCUUCAAUAAGUUGACACCUUAUCUCGAGGAUAACACAUACAGAGCUUCGCCCGAAUUUAGAGCGAAAACGGAGGAGUUACGCAAACAGCAGGAGAAUAUGACGUACAAGAAACUUGUGCAGUCUGUUGACGCUAGCCAAAAGUAUGGAAAAGUCAACCACAUGGAGAAUUUCGGUGCAGAAUUGAAGGUUGUGAAUCGUCAGCUGAUGUCCAUCUUCAACGUUGUUAUUACAGUAGUAGGCGCAUUCUUUUUUGGAUUCUCUGGCGUGCAGUUCGCAUAUCCUCAUCUGCACCUCGAUCUAGCCACUCGAUUCAUUAUUGGUCUCGUCCCCGCAACAAUAGUAUUUUUCGCUGAUUUGUACUUUGUUAUCAAAAACCUAGACCAAGAUUAUUCCACUGAGGCUCAGGCAUCUACUUCUGCUGUUUUGAGCUUUAAAGAAAUGUCGAAAAAGAACGACUAG